UUGUUUUAUAAAAUUCCAGUAGCUUUCAGACAACGACCGCGGGUGAAGUCCCCCAAGCAGCUCAGUAGAAGAAGCCGAGGCGUGGCUGCUAUGAGAAACGUGGAGUCCGGCCCCAUCGCUCUUCGAAUCCUUAGCUCUGGAUCGGUAGAAGGACGCGAUGGGGCCGGCCAACAAGGGGUUUAUGCCGCCGGACAUGGCGGCGGAGAGAGCCGUUGCUGCGGUUGGCUGUGGGUAUGAUCUUGCUGCUGAUAUCCGACUCUCUUACUGCAAGGAAGGGCGGUUGAUUGAGAUUGAGACGGUGGGAGCGAGGGAUCUUGUGCUGCCCGGUGGGAUUGUUGUGCCUGAUGUUCCUAAGUCGAUCAGGUGUGAUAAAGGGGAAAGGACUCGGUUUCGCUCUGAUGUUCUUUCUUUUCAUCAGAUGUCAGAGCAGUUCAAUCAAGAUCUGUCAUUGCCCGGGAAAAUUCCAUCCGGCUUGUUCAAUUCCAUGUUUGAUUUCAAUGGCUGCUGGCAAAAGGAUGCAUCCACAACAAAAAGUCUUUCCUUUGAUGGAUGGUUCAUUACACUAUACAGUAUUGUGCUGGAAAGAUCCCACAUAGUGCUGAGUGACACGGUUAAACAAGAUGUUCCAUCUUCUUGGGAUCCUUCUGCCCUUGCAGGGUUCAUUGAGAAAUACGGUACUCAUAUCAUUGUUGGUGUGAAGAUGGGAGGUAAAGAUGUAAUUUAUAUCAAGCAGCAGCAAGAGUCCCCUCUUCAGCAAACUGAAGUGCAAACUUACUUGAAAAGGAUAGCUGAUGACAGAUUUUCUGAUGAAUUCUGUGAAAACUUCCUGUUAGCAUCUGAUAAUUUUCCAGGAAAGCUAAAGGAACGAGGCACAACUCUACUGAAAUCUCUCAGAUCAUCUGUAGUAUCUCAUUCAAAGUCAGAUGAUAUAGUGACCAUUCAUAUCAGAAGAGGGGGUAUCAAUACCAAUCAGAGCCAUAAACAAUGGCUUCCUACUAUAUCACAAACUCCAAAUGUCAUAUCAAUGUCUUUUGUGCCUAUAACUUCACUCUUGAAUGGUGUCCGAGGAAGUGGAUUCCUAAGUCAUGCAGUGAAUUUGUAUCUGCGCUAUAAACCACCUAUAGAGGAACUUCAUCACUUUCUGGAGUUCCAAUUACCUCGUCUGUGGGCUCCUGAGUUUGGUGAACUCCCUCUUGGCCCACAUCGCAAGAAACAUAGCUUUCCAUCCCUUCAGUUUACACUCAUGGGUCCCAAACUUUAUGUGAACACAGAUCCGGUCGAUUCUGGAAAUCGCCCAGUGACUGGUCUUCGCCUUUACUUAGAAGGCAAGAAGAACAAUCGGCUAGCAAUUCAUCUCCAGCAUCUUGCAUCAAUCCCCAAUAUCAUCCAACUAUCUGAAGAAACAGAUACUACAACUGAUGAUGAACUCUGCAACCAACGGGACUAUUACGAACCAAUCAAAUGGACAUUACUCUCUCAUAUCUGCACAGCCCCAAUCCAGUACAGCAGUUCCCGCAUUGAUGACUCUGCCUCUAUUGUCACUAAGGCAUGGCUCGAAGUAAAAGACAUCGGUGUAAGGAAAGUACUCUUCCUCAGGCUUGGCUUCUCCAACAUCGCUUCUAUGAAAAUACGGCGUUCCGAGUGGGUUGGUGCAGGUAGUGUUACUAGGAAGUCAGGCUCUAUUUCUUCUCUGAUCAGCUCACGUUUCAGUGCAAGCCAGACACCAACUCCGACACCUAAAGUUGAAGUGAACUCUGCAGUUUUCCCUGGAGGUCCACCGGUUCCGAUCAGAGUGUCGAAAAUGUCAAAGUUUGUUGACGCAUUGGAGAUGACAAGGGGCCCUGAUGAUCUUCCUGGGUACUGGGUGGUAACUGGUGCUAAAUUGUGUGUGGAUAGUGGUAAGAUAUAUCUGAAAGUUAAAUUCUCUUUGUUGACAGUAAUGCCGGAGGAGGAUAUGUGAGAGAAAGAUGGCAAGCAAAAUCGGUGUGUAUUUUAUUUACUUUGUAUAAUUAUUACAUUCGUUGUUAAAGGGAAUAAUUUGCUGCAAAGUUAUUAAAAUUCAGUACAGGCAUUAUUUGAUCU